UCCGAGCUCUCCGUUUGCACAACUCACAAGCCUAUGUAUGGAUACGGCACCGACGGAAAGAGUAAUCCAAGUCCAUCGAACGACAAGCCUUUUGAGUGCUUCGCUCCCAACACAAGGCUUGCGACACAGCUCUUGAUUGUCCAAUUACGGCCCAGCCGAGGUGGUUUGAUGAUUGAUGGACGCUUCGAGUGGUGACGCAAUUCCAAAUGAUUGUCAAAGCUCCUUCCCCCGCCACUGAAGCUAUGCGCCACCAGCAUCAGCAACAUCUCCAGCUCGCCUUUGGACCUGCAACUCUGCACCAUACCUUCGCCUACAUAAUCUCGACUCAUGCGCUUCCCAUCCUUCCCUCCGUUCAUCCGCGCCUUCUGCACAAUCAGCAACACAACAAGCGCAUUCAUCCGCGCCAACCCCGCAAGCACACUCGGCCGCACAUUCUACAACAGCCCCCAGCGCGUCACAAUCCAGCGAUCUAUGCCAAGCAUCCCCUUCCUCGGCGCGCUCUUUGGAUCAUCCAGCAGCAUGGCAGACAACACGGACUACCCCGCCUCAAAGCCCGAAGGCGAAUGGCAGGCACAGCUCUCCCCUGAGCAAUUCCGCAUCCUCCGCAAAAAAGGUACCGAAAUGCCCGGCUCCAGCAAAUACGACAAGCACUACCCAGACGCCGGCGUCUACAGCUGCGCGGGCUGCUCCGCACCUCUGUACAAAGCCAACCACAAGUUCGACUCUGGGUGCGGAUGGCCGGCGUUCUGGGAUGCGUUUCCGGAUGCUGUGGGGCAGAGGCCGGAUCCGGGCUUGGGUAUGAUGAGGACGGAGAUUGUGUGUAAUAACUGUGGGGGGCAUUUGGGACAUAUUUUCAAAGGGGAGCGGUUUGGAAAUCCGAAGGAUGAGAGGCAUUGUGUUAAUGGGGUUAGUAUUAACUUCAGUCCGGAGGAGUCAAAGUGAAAGCAGUCGUGAGACAUGGUGAAAAAGGCAAGCAGAGGGGCUGAAUAGUAUGUAGCAACAGGUGGACCAUGCAGGAACAAACGAGAGAAGAAGACAUAUCACGAUAGAGCUCUAGCCAGGUGCGUAAAGGUGUUUGGCCAUGCAAUCGGGCAGGUACUUGCCUCUUGACGUCGUCUUUGAACCUGAGGAAGGUACAGCUUACGAUUCGCUUGUGCUGUUGACUUGACCUGACCUCCUUCCAUCAACAACCCUC